CAGAUCUCAUAGCCAUGAACCACACCGACUUUAUAAUCACCGGCACCUUCCAGUUGAUUGCCAGAAGCAAGGACACGGUUGGGCAAUAUGAAAGUCACACCGCUUUUACACUUCCUGGACUGUACCAAGUCGUCCAUGGCAUUGAUGCUUUCGAUCCCAAAUUCAACAUCGUGUCACCAGGAGCUGAUAUGAGCAUUUAUUUCUCCUACACGGAGGAGAAGUGGAGGUUGAAAUCUUUCCAUGCUGAGAUCGAAGAACUUCUGUUCAGCAAUGUGAAGAACAAGGAACACCUAUGCGUAUUGAAGGACCGGAACAAGCCAAUCUUGUUCACCAUGGCAAGACUGGACUGUGUCAAGAACUUAACUGGGCUGGUCAAGUGGUACGGAAAGAACACCUGCCUGAGAGAGCUGAUCAACUUGGUUGUGGUCGGUGGUGACCGGAGGAAGGAAUCUUAGGACUUGGAAGAGCAAGCCGAGAU